AUGGAUGUUCUUAAUGAUAUAGCACAACCUAACAAUUGUGAAGAUGAUGAGAACGAGGUUGAUGAUGAGAUACCACCAACAUCAGAAUGCAGAGGUACUAGCCAAUACUAUAAUGACUUAUUUGCCGAGAUGGAGUCUCCGUUAUUCCCAGGGUGUGAAAAAUACACAUCUUUGAAUUUCGUAGCUAAGUUGAUGCAUUUCAAAGUGUUGGGGAAAAUUCCAAACAAAAUUUUUGAUGGAAUCUUGGAGUUGUUAGAAGAUGCAUUCCCAUCUCCAAAUAAGAUACCAAAGUCACAUUAUGCGUCGAAGAGGUUGAUGAGGAAAUUGGGAAAACACAAGUGCCCAAUUUGUGGGGAGGAUCGUUGGGUUGAUAAAAAUACCAAGGGGAAGAAAGUGGCCCAAAAAGUUAUGCGUUAUUUUCCAUUGACCCCUCGGUUGAUGCGAAAAUACGCGUCAAGGCACAUUUCUCAACAUAUGAGAUGGCAUCAUGAAGGGCGUGUUAAAGAAGAUGGUAUCAUGCGUCAUCCUGCAGAUGGGAAAGCAUGGAAGGAUUUUGACCGUAGCAAUCCAGCAUUUGCAAUGGAACCUAGGAAUGUGCGUCUUGGAUUGGCUGCUGAUGGAUUCAAUCCUUUUGGAAAUAUGAGUUUGUCUUAUAGCAUGUGGCCGGUUGUGUUAACGACUUACAACUUGCCACCGUGGUUAUGCAUUAAAGAGACUAACUUUAUGUUGACUUUAUUAAUUCCUGAUCCACAUUCACCUGGAAAAGAUUUUGAUGUUUUCUUAAGGCCAUUGGUUGAUGAGUUGAAGGAAUUAUGGGUGAACGGUGUUCAGACUCGAGAUGUUGUUGAUGGUAGUUUUUUUAAGCUUCGAGCAGCUUUAUUGUGGACUAUAAAUGAUUUUCCAGCGAGGACUAGUCUUUCUGGAUGGAGUGGUCAAGGUUACACUGCUUGUCCUACUUGCAAUGUAUCAACACCAUCAGUUCGUUUGCAAAAUAAGGUUGCAUUUUACGGUCACAGACAUUUUUUACCAAUGGGACACCAAAUUAGAAAAAAGAAGAAGUUAUAUGGUUCAGUUGAGAAAAGACCACCUCCAGAGGAAUUUAGCACUGAAGCUAUUUUCACACAAAUGAAUUUUAUGCCUGAAUCUCUUCCUGGUAAGCAUGUUAGCUACGGUGGACAAAAAAGGAAACGCACAAAAGAGCAAGUUGGUUGGCGUAAAAAAAGCAUUUUCUUUGAGCUCCCAUAUUGGGCCAAUAUGAAGUUGUGA